AUGCCGUGGGGCGUCAAGGUGUAUAUGUUGUGCGGAGCUUCCGACAUCAUAUACGAUUUUCUUAUUUACCAAGGUUCAACGACAUGCCUGAAUCCAGACCAAAAGAAGGAAUUUGGCGUCACGGGUGCUUUGGUUCUUCACUUCACGUCAAGGAUUCCGGAUGGACUUGGACACAAAAUGUUUUUUGACAAUUUCUUUACAUCUUUGCCUGUGAUUCGAGAACUCGACAAGAAGAAGAUAUAUGCUGCCGGCACUAUACGCAUCAACAGGAUGCAAAAUUGUCCACUGAAAUCGGAGAAAGAAUUGAAAAAAGCUGGAAGAGGCUCCCAUGACACUUUAGUAAGCAGUGAUGGAAAGAUUGCCAUAACGCGGUGGUUGGAUAACCGCGCGGUGAACAUGGCAUCCAACUUCCUAGCUGUUGAAGAAGAAGAUUAUGUCUCCCGAUGGAGUAAGACAGAUGGUGCUUUCAUUGAAGUGAAAAGGCCUGCUGUAGUGCAAGACUACAAUCAGAGCAUGGGAGGAGUUGACAAGAUCGACUUUCUUGUGUCACUAUACUGCACCAACAUUCGUUCUAGGAAAUGGACACUUCGCGUUAUUGCACACUUCAUGAACUUGGCUGUGACGAACUCCUGGCUGGAAUAUCAACGCGAUGCUUAG